GCUUAGCGGUUCUAGAACCAUCAAUGAUUGGUGAACCGGCAGAUCCAUUUGCAACCCCUUUGGAAAUAUUACCCGAAUGUCUCGCUCGCGUAUCACCCGCUGGCGGAUCGGCCGCUCUUCCCUUUCCCUCUGGAUUGUGGUUCAUCCCUCAUGGAGAUCGCUCCCUCGCUCGUGUACUUGAGCCCGCUCUAUUCGGCUUUCUUUACUCGACUUGUCUAAUGGCCCCGUUGCAUAUGGACUCGACUCGCACUAGUGACGCUUUACUAUGCACAUAUCCGAAAGCGGUGAUAGCUUUCUAA